AUGGCCGCACCACAGCAUCUGCUUACUUCCACUUCCAGUGCUUUGCCUGAAGAUGAUGCUUGCCCCUCUACACUGCGAGCUCGCCUGCGCGAUGAUGCGACACCGGCAACGAGCUCCUCGAUAGACCCUAUCCCUUACCGAAACUUCUACGAGCAGGUUCAUGCAUGCCUUGGAAGCCAGCUUCUUGCCCCAAAGCCUGGGAAGGCGGUGCCUCAAGUCGUCAAGAGUCAUGAUCCGGCUGCACAGCUUCGAGAGUCGUAUGCUCGCAUGGGAAUGUCACUUCAUACCUCUGCGAUUGAGCAUCUGAUCCAAGCACACUCCGAAGUUCAGACCAAGAUGAUGGGCUUCUCUGAAGAAUCCUCCAAGACUUUGUCCCAGUGCAAAGACCUCUAUUCUAACAUCGUUUAUCCUUUGUCGGCAACGCUAUGCAGCUCUCCUGAACAUCCCCAAGCAAGGGUUUCUGUUCACUUGAACUCGCUCAAAAGAGACAUCGCUGCGGCCAAGGAAGAGAUACUUCGACUCCAAGUCGAGUGGGAUGCAUGCUGCCGAACUGAAGCAGACGCUUGGAAGGUACUCAAUGAAGAUCUCGGUGCUCGAGGCUCCGGAUCAAACAAAUUCAACAACGACGCUGCCAAAGCGGCCAAGGAGUUCAAAAAGGAAGCAGAAGCGAUUGUCGAAGACAAGUGCCGGCUGUUGACCGAACUUGACCAGGAAUUGAAGGAUGAGGCUCACAGAGCGACGUUGAAGAUGAUGCGAGAUCUCUUCAAUAGUGAUUGA